GCGGUGCCAAACAGGUUCAGCUGGACUGGUGCGCAUUUCUGGUGCUGGAUACCGGCACCAGGGCAGACGUGCGCCUGACAGUGGCCGAUCUGGCUGGCAACCAUUUGGGCGCCUACUUUGGCAACAUCAAGCAGCUGGCGAGCUCUGAUCAGUUCCACAUUCGAACCCUGACGCUGGAGAACGUGCACGGGGCGGUGGCCAGCAUCACGGUGCACGCGGCAGCGCAGGUGCGGUGGACCACCGCCGCCGCGCCGGUCCGGGAGCGCGGGGCCCCGCCCUUCAUGGGGUGCUUCGCCGGCUGCCUGCCCCGGCCGGCCAUGGCCGACAUCGCGGGCGCGAGUUCGCGCGGCGCGACAGGCAGCGCAAGGCCCGUGACCUGCGCCCACGGCAAGGCCUCGGUGGUCUUUCCGCUGGCUCUGUCGGCCAACACGGCGCUCCGAGUGCUGGAGCAGCUGAGCACAAGCGCCGCCCUGGAGGUGGACGUGACGGGGUACACCACGGGCCUCACCACCGAGGCAGGCGCUGCCUCCGUGCGCUUCCGCCUUGCGCACCCGGCGCCGCAGGAGGUGGGGAACUACGCAGUGGCAGUGCAGGCUCCAGGCUUUGAGGGCUGGAUGGUGGGCCUGGGCAACGUCAAAGCGCUUUCUGCCGGACUGGGCGUGGAAGUGGUGGUCCUGGCCCGCGCCAGCAGCAACUACUCUGCCGUCACCUACCUGCCGGAGGAGGUGCUGCGGAGCCUUUGGCCCACAGCUUCGCGUGCGAGGCUCAAAGUCUUGGGCCCACGGCUCAUGGCGCCUUUGGCGGACUGCCCGGGGCAGUGGCUGAGGGACCGCCUGCUGAAGCUGGCGGACCACUUGGAGGACUUGGAUCCAGUGCCGAGGUCCCAGUCCGAGCUAUCGCAAGAGCUGCGGAGGGCGGGGCUGGUCUUCAGCGCCAAAGAGGAGACAGUGGGCAACGCUGACCGCGGCAAGCGCGUGAGCGAGGCAGAGCUCGGCAACCCGCCUGAUUCAGCGGUGGUGGCCGCGCUUGGCUCCUGCGAGUUUCUCACGGUCGGCGACGACGCGCAGUCCGCGCAUAUUUGGAAGUUUCUCUUCCCGAAUCGUCCCGUUCCUGCCGCAAAGAGUGCCGCAAAGAAAGAGCUCAAGCCGAUCUUGGAAGAGCCCGAAGCCGAGGUGGUGUCACCCAAGUCGGCGGCUUUGGCCGCGGCAGCCCAGGACGAAGAAGAGGAUGAAGAGGAAGAAGAGGAGGAGGAGGAGGAGGAAGAGGAGGAGGAGGAAGAAGAAGAAGAAGAAGACGAUGUGGAGGAAGACAAGCCGACCGAGGUUCCAGCAAGAGCAAGCAGCGCCACAGAAGAUGCUGCUCUUCAGGCAAGGCGAGAUGCAGAAGAGGCCAAAGAGCGCGAGGCCAAAGCGGCCAAAGAGCGUGAGGCCAGAGAGCGUGAGGCCAAAGAGCGCGAAGCCAAAGAGCGCGAAGCCAGAGAGCGCGAAGCCAGAGAGCGUGAAGCUAAAGCACGCGAGGCCAAAGAGCGCGAAGCGAAAGAGCGCGAAGCCAAAGAGCGUGAAGCCAGGGAACGUGAAGCCAGGGAACGCGAAGCCAGAGAGCGGGAGGCUGCCGAGCGCGAGGCUGCCGAGCGCGAGGCUGCCGAGAAAGAGGCCAGGCAACGAGAAGCGAAAGAGCAUGAAGCACGAGAGGAAGCUCGAAAGCGCGAAGAUGCCGAACGAGAAGCAAGACAAGUCGAAAGAAAGGAGAUACGCAUGCAUCGAGAUCUGGGAGGCUGA